UAUUGUUUUGGUUCUUUUUUGACAUCAUUUGUUUUUAUUGUUUAAUCUGUGGUCUGAUUUGUCAGAACGUGUAAUAGUCAUCUCAAACAGAUGUCAGUCAUUUUAGGUGUAAAUAAGUAUUUUCUGAAAGAAUAGGGUUGGAAAUAUUAUCCAUAAAAUUCCACUGAUUUGUUUAGCAAAAUCUGUUUAAUCAGUAUUUACAUUUUACGUGUAGCACAGACAUCAGAUUUAAGCUGCAUUAGGUACUUUUCUAGUCAAAGUGGGGUGUUUGUUGAAAGUUUGAUGUUGGCAUGUACAGUAUAAUGGGAUAUGUUUCCUUCGUACGUGCAAACGUUAUGUAUCUGGCAGGUGUUUUUCAGGUUUGUGUGCAUAAGUAUGUAUGUUUGUACUUAUCCUUUACUCAUAGCUCAGUCAUAAAUUAAACUCAAGGGCUACUGUUGAUAAAUUUCUGAUUUUUCAAAUACUUGUUUUUGACCAGCAAUUACUUUUUUUAAUCAUUCUGUAAAGUUUUUUUGUUGUUCUUCUUUUUCAACCUGACCGUGUAUAUCAAUAGAAGCGUUCACAGUAAAUCAGUGUUACCUGGUCUUUAAUUUGUUUACAUUUAUGUUAGAUUUGUAGUAUAUUUACGGUACAGCCUAUACUAAGAAGAAUGUAUAAUGCAUUGAAAGAGCUUUUUGAAACCAUCUAUUGGUAAAUACAUAAGAAACCAUGCUAAUCUCCUUUUUUGUUUGUUAGUUUUUUUUUUAAUGGAAGGAAAAUAAUGACAGUUUCUGAAAUAUUGCACAGAAUGCUUGUGGUACUCUUGUAUUAUUGCUCAGUGAUAUUAUUAACUGCGUGAUUGUAGGUCCAAAGUGAAAAUCUCAUAAGAUUCAUGUGCAAAAUAUGGACUUUUCAGAGAUAAAAUUCCUCACCGCUGUGGAACCAGUGUAUAUGAGAGAGAGAGAAAGAAAGAAAGAAAGAGAGGAAUCAAAGCGACAGAGCACAAGACUCACCUUGUUUGGGUUUCAAAGCCGAAGCUGAAGAAUAUUUCCAAAGAUAUCCAAGCGCCUCUGCAGACAUGGAGGCGGCGAGUUUGGCACACGGGGUCGCGAGCUCGUCAAGCCCGCUAGAGGGCAUGAUCAAGAACGUGAGCCUGGAGUCGCUCCAGCUGUGCGAGAGAGACGGUAAGAAACCGCAGCAACACAGUAAGGCUGAGGAUCCUGGAGUGGUAGGAAUGGAGUUACCCGUUGCUCGCAACAUCAAGAUCAGUAACAUCACUUGCGACUCCUUUAAGAUCUGCUGGGAUAUGGACCCUCACACCACAGAGAAGAUCACACAUUACUUCAUUGACCUUAACAAGAAGGAGAACAAGAACUCCAACAAAUUCAAACACAAGGAUGUGCCUACGAAGCUUGUUGCUAAGGCAGUCCCGUUGCCCAUGACAGUGCGAGGCCAUUGGUUCCUGAGUCCACGGACAGAAUACACAGUUGCUGUGCAAAUAGCAUCCAAACAGACUGAUGGAGAUUACGCUGUAUCAGAAUGGAGUGACAUUGUUGAAUUUUGUACAGCAGAUUAUUCCUCGGUGCAUUUGACGCAGCUGUUGCAGAAGGCUGAAGUCAUUGCUGGCAGGAUGCUCAAGUUCUCCGUCUUUUACCGGAAUCAGCAUGAGGAAUACUUCCAACACUGCAGAGAUGUUCUUGGCGGUCGAAUGAUGCCCUCGGUAAAGGAUAACAGCGGUAGUCACGGUUCACCUCUCAGCGGUAAACUGGAGGGGAUCUUCUUCAGCUGCAACACUGAGUUUAACACAGGUCAGCCGCCCCAGGAUUCCCCAUACGGCCGCUUCCGCUUCCAGAUACCUGCAGAGGUUCUGUUCACCCCUGAUACGCGCCUCUACUUCGGGGACUUCUACUGCAUGUACACUGCCUAUCAUUAUGUUAUCCUCGUCCUGGCUCCGCGGGGCUCGCACGGAGACCUUUACUGCAGAGAUCACCUUCCGGAGCUGGAUGUGACGAACAACCGCUUUCUGACACGUGUCUGUGGGGAGGAUGGGCAGGUGGUGUUUCAGCAUGCGCAGGAUGUGAUUCUGGAGCUGAUUUAUACUGAGCCGGUGCCGCUGGCACAGGGGACUGUCUCUCAGAUCAGCGGCCACCAGUUGAUGAGCUUGUCAACUGUGAAUGCUAAGAAAGACCCCAGCUGCAAGACCUGCAACAUCAGCGUUGGGCGCUAACUUGGGCGAACAUUCACACACAGACCCAGCUGUGCAUAUAACAAGAAGACCUCCUGAACAACCUUUGAAUGCUACGUUACAAAACAAGAUACAGAUGAACUCCAAGACAAAUGGCCCCAGAAUCCUUCAGAUAUACUCAAACCCCUUUGGGGGGCCUCACAGACCCCCAGCUAAUGCUAGAAAAUUAUAUCUUUGCUCAAUGAACUGAGAAGUGUUA